AUUAACUUGACAUAUAAAUCGAAGCUGUAAAACUUCUUUCCAGUGUUACACUAACAGUCGUCUCUCUCUGGGUGGUGCUUCUAUCAAUGAGGGCCUAGGGUUUCUCUUUACGCCCAAAUUCAAGGGCUUAAACGAUUAUUGAAGCGCAUUUCAACCAUUCGAGGGACUGAAACGUUUCCCAUCUUUAAAAUCUAAAACAGAAAAGGCCCAUCUUUUUGUUUUAGUUAAGCCAUGGCCAAAACUAGACCAGGGAUCACAACCAAGACCAAACCUGGAAAAAGAGACCUUGAGUCUUACACUGUUAGAGGCACCAACAAGAUUGUUAGAGUUGGGGACUGUGUGCUGAUGCGACCGUCAGACACUGGUAAGCCUCCUUAUGUGGCAAGAAUAGAGAAGAUUGAAUCUGAUGCUCGAAACAAUGUCAAGGUUCAUGUUCGGUGGUACUAUCGCCCUGAGGAAUCACUUGGAGGAAGGAGACAAUUCCAUGGAGCAAAGGAGCUCUUUUUGUCAGACCACUAUGAUGUGCAGAGUGCUCACACAAUUGAAGGGAAGUGUGUUGUUCACUCUUUCAAGAACUAUACUAAGCUUGAGAAUGUUGGUGUGGAAGAUUACUACUGUAGAUUCGAGUAUAAGGCUGCUACAGGAGGUUUUACUCCAGACAGAGUUGCUGUGUAUUGCAAAUGCGAGAUGCCGUAUAACCCAGAUGAUCUCAUGGUACAAUGCGAGGGGUGCAAGGACUGGUAUCAUCCUGCUUGUGUGGGCAUGACUAUUGAAGAAGCAAAAAAGCUUGAGCACUUUGUUUGUUCUGAAUGUUCAUCUGAUGAUGAGGUAAAAAGAUCCCAGAAUGGGUUUGCUUCAUCACCAACUGCUGAUGUCAAGGUGGAGCCCAAGCGGCGGAAGAGAUGAGUACAAUCUCGUGGCAUUGGUAUGCAUGAAGGUUGCUCGUCUUGCCGUUGUUAACUUGUAGAAUGUCCAUCGUGUGAGCUGUAUAGUCCAGAAAGCUAUGUUGUGCUCUGGUCAGACUGGAGCCCGUUAGUAAUGAUGUUCUUUUCUCGAGCUGUCCUGGAAAUCAAUCUCAAAUGUAGUUUUUUCACAAUUAAACAUUUAAACCCAGGAAUUUGAGCAACUGUAUUUCUUUGUGAACCGCCUGCUAUCUCAUCCAAAUUAUCUGGUUUAUUGGUUAUCA